CAUAUUGAUUAGAUUGUUAGUGAAUGCAAUUCUGACAAUCCAUUAUAGCCAGUGCAUUGGACCAUAGUGUAAUAUAGACAGGCAACGGCUGAUAAACACGAAAACUUAACUCAGUACCGAACAUGUGCACGUACAUGUGCACAGUGGAUAUACAGUAUGCUGUUGAGCCGUCAAGAACGCAAGAUUUGUAGAAUCAAACUACUGUAUAAUACAACCAUGUUGUUCUGACCAUGCAUGGCUGUUCUAACACUGUGGUACUGUGAUGAUUUACAUGUAUCAUGAUUGAUGGUACAUGUACAGUACAUGUACACGUAUGGCACUGAUCACGAGCUGCUGGUGUUGAUGGGGGACGAUGACGUAUUGAGAGCGGUCGGUCGGAGAGACAAGCAGGUAUUGGCGUUGCCACACAGAGCAGGUUUGCAGCCAGGCGGAAAGGAUGGCACUUACGUGUAUGCUGCAGCGCACUGGUCCACAGUGCACGGACACAAGGAUUAUAGCAUUUCAGUAAAUCUGACUUGCCGGCGCAGGACUGCAGUUUUAGCGGUGUGCUCGCUUGGAGGAUCUGGUAAUUGGAUAACAUGAAGAUGUACAAGAUUUGAUUGUCUAACACAACAGCUAAUGAGUGGUUCUUCAGUACACCAAGGACUUGGCCCAUUGUUGGGGCUUAAUUAGAGGGCAAUAAUGGGAGCCAGAGUGUGGUGUCGUGCUUGGACCAUCAGGCGAAGGUACAACAGCCUGCGCUUUGGCCUACUGGGAGGCAUAUUGGCCCUAGGAUGCAUGUUUACGUUAUAUUCUAAGUCAUACCAGUUUGGUGUGGAUGAGCAACAUGAAGCACCUGUACACGGGAAAUUCAUAUCGGUUGAGUACCAGCACGCCAAUCUCUGGGAUACUUUGCCCAAAAGUUGGAGAACUCGACAUCUGCUGGUGGUGAACCAAACAGAUAAUGGGACGGCCAGACCGCCGCCCACUAGUGCUGCGCCAAGGAGGGGGAUUUAUCCGCCGGAUUUGUUCACCCCAGAGCAGCUGAGGAGAGGGGCAGUCAUCCUCCACUGCCUGGGCAUGGUGUACAUGUUUGUCGCCCUGGCCAUUGUGUGCGAUGAGUUCUUUGUGCCCUCGCUCGGAGUCAUCAUCGAGAAGCUGCAGAUAUCGGACGAUGUUGCUGGUGCCACAUUCAUGGCAGCGGGCGGGAGUGCCCCGGAGCUCUUCACGAGUCUCUUUGGAGUUUUCUUGGCCGACAGUGACGUCGGCAUUGGAACCAUAGUUGGCUCGGCCGUGUUCAACAUCCUUUUCGUCAUCGGAAUGUGUGCCGUUUUCAGCAAAACUCUUCUGAAACUCACUUGGUGGCCUUUGUUUCGCGACGUAGUCUUCUACAGUUGCAGCCUCAUUUUUUUACUGAUCUUUUUCAGAGACGCUGAUAUCGAGUGGUAUGAGUCGCUAGUGUUGUUCAUAAUGUAUUUCUUGUAUGUACUGUUUAUGAAGUUCAAUGUUCAAGUGGAACGAUUUGUAAAGUCAAGAUUGAGCCGGACAGUUAAGACAAUCAGUGUGGCAGAGCCGGCCAAGGAGAUACCAGUUGGGCGGAAUCGUCGCCACAGUGUGCCGCACUUCCGCAACACCAACAUGUUUCGUCAUGGGGCGUUGCAGUUAAUGCUGCACACCAUUGACCCACUGAGUGAAACUAUCGUCCAAGAAAAAGCUGUACAGAUGCGGGCCAUAGCCAAGCGCGAAAACGGCACCAUUUCACCGAGUGAGGCGGCCGUCGUCAGUGCCAACGGCACGGCCAACGGUCAUCACCCCCAGAAUGGCCAACAUCAACAGCAGCAGCAGAAACUUCAUCACCAUCCAGAGGGUGACCUAGCAGCAUCCGGCUGGACCGACCAGGACCGGACCUCGUCCUCCCGCGAGUGCAUCAUCAGUGCCGAGCAUCUGUCGGAGGACGUGGGGCCAGGCCAGAUCCGUACCAUCUCCCACCCUAACAUCCCCGAGGAGGCGGGGGUGGACUCGCCUGUGGCCAGCGAGCAGAGGAAUAUCUCAGUGGACAUGCAGACACAGUCCACGCUGGUGGACGAUGCCAGCCAAUCUCCAUCACAGGAGAUCCCUGAGGAGGACAUUGAGGAACCGCUGGACAUCAGCUGGCCCCCUACGCUACGGAAGCGGGUCACCUACGUCCUUCUCGCCCCUUUGGUCUUUCCAAUGUGGCUGUUACUGCCAGAUGUCAGGAGAGAGGAGAAGAGGAAAUAUUUUCCGGUGACUUUCGUCGGCAGUAUUUUGUUCAUCGCUGGGUUCUCCUACCUCAUGCUGUGGUGGGCGACAGUCUUUGGCAGGACGAUCGGAAUCAAAGAUUCGGUGAUGGGAAUCACGUUCCUUGCUGCAGGCACCAGUAUACCGGACCUCAUCACCAGCGUCAUUGUAGCCAGGAAGGGCCUGGGUGACAUGGCUGUCUCCAGCUCUGUGGGGAGCAAUAUAUUUGACAUCACCGUUGGGCUACCUCUGCCGUGGCUGAUCUACAGCAUCACCCAGCUGGGCUCCCCCGCCACCGUGGAGAGCAAGGGCCUCUUCUGCUCUAUCCUCCUCCUCUUUGGCAUGCUGCUGAUGGUCAUCGUGACCAUCGCCGUCUCCCGCUGGCGGAUGACCAAGACGCUGGGCGCUGCCAUGUUCCUCCUCUACGUCGUCUUCAUCACCAUCAGCCUGCUGUUGGAGUCGGCCGUCAUCCCCUGCCUGCUCACCCCAUGAUCCAGUCUCGGAUGUCGGUAGGGUCAAACAGGAGCCAAAAUGGAGUAGCUUCAGAAGAUAGAAAUUGGGCAGUUUUGCCCUGGAUGUCGCCAGUGAGGAGCCAAUGUAACAAGUGGAUCACGUUCCUGUGGGUGCAUCUUGCCAUUUUUUUUCCCUCUUAAUAUUUUAGGUAUUUUACAAUAAAGUUCAAUCAAUUAGACUAGUCCUGUUGGCUGUUUGGAAAAGUAGACAACUUGCCUGAAAUUAUAAAACUACAUUAAUGUGUCGAUAAUGACUCCCAGAUUCACAAACUCGAUAGAAUUGGCCUGGUUAAUUUGAUGUUUAGUAGAAGUGGGUUAGUUCAAAUUUCAGGGUAGAUCACGGAAGUGAAUAAAGGUAAAAAGAGUCCUUGGUUUUCAGUUCAGGAGCAUUGAAGCCAAGUAGCCACACUGUUGGCCAAGUAGCCACACUGUUGGCCAAGUAGCCACACUGUUGGUGAACAUUUACUUACAGGGGCACUUGUCAAAUGGCAACUUGUUCAUAAUUAAGGCUGUCGGAAAGCCGACAAAAACCUGCCAUUAUGAACAGCCAUUUCGAAAUAAGGAAAGCAUCCAGAUGCAGGUGACAAACAAUACUCUUAUCACUGGUCGGAGAGUGUGCAGAUUUUUAAUAAAUUGUGCAGGUAGUUUUCUUGCAAAUUUGGGGAAGAGGAAGAUAGAUGUACAGUGUAUUUAUAGGCAGGGAAAUCCCCUAUAGUUCACAGGGAUUGUCGAAGACGAACUCUGAAUGCAAAGCCAAAAUAUCCAGUAAUCCCUCAGUACACAUUCUCUAUGCAAGUGCGCGCUGCAUCACACGCUUGAUGCAGAUAGCACAGGACCCAGCCACCCAUAGAAAAGCUGUAGGAAAGAUACCAAACCCUGUGCCGAUUAUGGCCCAGUUCGAUCAGUGACCACGGUCAGCUACAAGUCAACUUUGCCUGUUGACCUGUGCCUGAA